GUGCUACUGAAACCUUGCCGCACAUACGUUAAUGUAAUCGUAUAAUGCUCAUAGCAAUUACACACGUAAACUCCACGCGUAAUUUUCAGCACGCCACCUUUUAUAAUCAAUUAAUACAAAUUGAACAUUGCACAUUUGAUACAAAAUCAGUUCCAGCAGUGCUUCCCAAGUCUCUGAACUAUUCUGUACGUUUUUACUGACUUUAAAAACUUGGAAGGAAAAUACUGUGAAGGAAAGAAAGUAUUUCUCAGUAAGGUAGAAUGUCAACAAUGAAAUGUAUCACAUUAAAAGAAGAAAUGAAGAGGAAUCCUCAAUUGAAAUUAUCCGAUAUACAAUCACUAAGAGAGUGGUGCGAAAAACAACCGCACUUGCCAAAAGUUGAGGAUACUUUUCUUGCCUUGUGUCUUUACAGGCAUAAUUAUCAAAUGGAACCAACGAAAAACCUAAUUGAGAAUUAUUAUACAACCAGGACGCACUUACCAGAAUUUUUUUGCAAUCGGGAUCCGCUCGGGGAAAAAAGGAUAAGACAGGCCUCCCAAGUCAUGACAUAUUUUCCUCUGGAAGAAACAACAAAAGAUGGCUAUAAACUGAUAUAUGGAACAUAUUUAGACACCGAUCCUUCUCUCUAUGAUAUUAAUGACACUACCAAAUAUUACCUGAUGAUGUGCGACAUGUAUUUUUUAAUGGAUGGUACUACGAACGCAUGUCGUAAUGUCGAUUUAAUUUAA